AUGGCGACAGCCACCAAGAGCUCCUGCUGUGAUCCAUGUCGCUUGCUACACCACAAAUGUGACGGAGACCUGCCACAGUGCAGCCGAUGUGCUCGGACCGGACGCGCGUGUAUACGGGGACAGCGAAAGACACGGUUUCGCCAGGUGAAAGAUUCGGGUUCACGGAUUCGAUUCCCUCGCAAUCAAGUUUGGCUGAAGCCGCCACCACGAGUGGACUUUGUGCUCGAGUCUGGCAGUGGUGACGAUGGUCUAGUAGCAGAGUCAACGGAUGACCGACAGCUUGAUGGGAGCUUGCCUUUACUCGAGAAGGAUGGCUCGCUAAUGACUAACCCCCUCUCACCUCAGUCAGCACCACAGGAGGAAUAUCUUCCAUCACGCGACCAAUCAGAGGGAAACCAGUCUGAGAGGUAUUAUCCGUUGGGCAAGCGUCGAGACGCACACACGAGACAGCGACUAUGGCCCCUGAGAGACCCAGAAGAAGCUGCUCUCUUGAAGCACUUUGUGGACCGCAUAUCGUCCUUUUUUGAUUGCACAGACCGCCAGCAGCAUUUUGCAGUGCACAUCCCCUUUCGCGCUAGGUAUUGCGACACGCUUUUUAACGCAAUUAUGGCCAUGUCAGCUCGCCAUCUGAGUCGCACAGCCACAUUUGACCCCUAUAUAUCCGACCAUUACUAUCAAAUCUGCCUUGAGACAUUGAUCCCAGCAUUGAAUGACCAUGGCGCGGCUAUGAAUGACGAUUUGCUGGCGGCUACCGUCAUCCUUCGCCUACUGGAGGAAUAUGAUGUCCCACUGGCGGGUUCUGAUCUUCGGGGUCAUUCCUUUGGGACCAAAGCCUUCAUGAAAGCUCCGCCGCCAUCCGUGACCAAGACCCCGAGUUUACGACAGGCCGUCUACUGGAGUGGUCUCCGUCAGGAAAUCUACAAUGCUAUGAGCCUUCGCCAACCCCCCGACAUUGAUCUCAGCUCGCUGCAUUCACUCUUUACUGCGCUCGGCCCGGAUGCUGUGGACUGUGACUGGGCCAACCAAGCAAUUGCGCAUUGCGCCGACGUCUUACUCUUCUCCUUCGGCGCGUGCCCACGCUCUGUGGCGGUGCAUGCCGAUCUCUGCAAGAGGAAUGAGCAAUGGAGCGAGAUUCGCCCAGCGUCAUUCGACCCCUACUUCGUCGGUGAUGAGGUGCAGAUCGGGGCAACGUUCCCCGACAUCCGGUUUAGCUCUGCAUGGCACGCUAUCGGCUACCAAUAUAACAAACUCGCGAAGAUAUUACUUUCGGUGCACGAUCCUGAGUUGCCGACUGUCGGCCCUCUGCGCAAACGAGUCGCGCGGCAAGUGGAUCAACAAAUACGACAGGGAGUCUGGACCGUAUGUGGCGUGGCUCUGUCGAAUUCUUCAGUGCCUCCAGCGAUGGUGAUCGGCUGCAUGGCCAUUCAGAUAUGUAGGGAACCCCGAUCACAAGCAGGAUGCGAGCUAAUGGGCGUUGAAGGUGGCGAUCGAUUCACGGAUCGACAGGAACAGGAUCGGCUAAUUCAAAUCCUCCUUCGAACGGAAUCGCUGCACGGAUGGCCAACUAAUUCCAGCGCCCGCCAUCUUUGCGAGACGUGGGGGUAUGCACUGAAUUCGGAUGGGAAGGACGAUCCAGGUGCACAGCUGGGAGUGCAGGGUUGA